UAGGAAUGGGAAAUUACAAAUGGCUGACCACGGCUGCCUGUUUAUUAAAUUGUGUAUUAUUUCCAGUUGUUCUUAGUGUCAGAUAAAGUAAACAAACUUCAGUAGGUAAGGUACAACAUAAUGAUGCAUCGAAGGGGUGGUAAAAGAAUUCGGAUGGAUGAUCCCAUCCCUCCGGAGUAUGAGGCCCCGAUGACUCCGAUGACACCUUUACAUGACACUACUGGUGGCGAUCUUCAAGAGCCUUACUCAUCAUACACAUCAUAUCAUCAAGCGCCACAAACACCUCUGCAUAAUCCAACUCCUGAACAUUAUUCACCGGAUAGCUACAGUUCACCAGGAACAUCGUAUCAACAGCAACAAUAUCAGGAACAAACAUCUAGUUUUGAACCACCGGCACAAUUUGAACAACCAAUGACACCGUUGGGCCCUACCAAUAUGCGCAUUACAAGAAAUACUCGUGCCAGAUUACGUGGUGGACCUGUUCAGCAACCCAAAUAUAAAGAAAUUGACGCAGACUUUAUACCUACUGCGGCUCCAAGGGGUCGGGGUGGAGGUGCAAGAGGUCGAGGCCGAAGAGUUGUUCACACGAGCAAUCUUGAAGAUGAAGCCAGUCUGUACUAUGUCAUUAAAAACAAUCACUCGUCGCUCACUACCAUCGUCGAUGAUUGGAUAGAGAAAUAUAAAAGUAAUCGAGAAAAUGCGCUCCUCAUGUUGAUGCAAUUUUUCAUCAAUGGAAGCGGAUGCAAAGGAUGUAUCACACCAGAUAUGCAGGCUACCAUGGAGCACGUAGCCAUAAUUCGUAAGAUGACUGAAGAGUUUGAUGAGGAAAGUGGAGAAUAUCCGUUAAUUAUGCCGGGGCAACAAUGGAAAAAAUUUCGUUCUCAUUUCUGUGAAUUCGUACAAAUUCUGGUCCGCCAAUGUCAAUAUUCCAUAAUUUAUGAUCAAUUUCUGAUGGACAACGUCAUUUCUCUUCUUACCGGGCUUUCUGAUUCUCAAGUUCGAGCGUUCAGACACACCGCUACGUUAGCCGCAAUGAAACUGAUGACUGCACUCGUGGACGUCGCUUUGACGGUAUCAAUAAAUCUAGACAACACUCAACGUCAAUAUGAAGCGGAGAGGCAAAAGGCUAGAGAGAAACGAGCUGCGGACAGAUUAGAGUCGCUUAUGGCAAAGCGUAAAGAACUGGAAGAAAACAUGGAUGAAAUUAAGAAUAUGCUGACCUAUAUGUUCAAGUCGGUUUUCGUUCAUCGUUACCGUGACACUUUGCCUGAAAUCCGAGCCAUUUGCAUGGCCGAAAUUGGCGUGUGGAUGAAGAAGUUCCACCAGAAUUUCCUUGAUGACUCGUAUCUGAAAUAUAUAGGAUGGACACUUCAUGACAAGGUGGGUGAGGUUAGGUUAAAAUGUUUACAGGCCCUGCAACCAUUAUAUGCCUCUGAAGAACUGAAGAUGAAAUUAGAACUUUUCACAAGCAAGUUCAAGGAUCGUAUCGUAGCUAUGACUUUGGACAAAGAGUACGACGUGGCAGUCCAAGCGGUGAAAUUAGUUAUAUCUAUUUUGAAGCAUCAUAGGGAUAUAUUGACGGACAAAGACUGCGAGCAUGUAUAUGAGCUUGUCUAUUCUUCGCACAGAGCAGUAGCACAAGCUGCUGGAGAGUUCCUCAAUGAACGUCUGUUUGUACCAGAUGAAGAAGCUGUCGCAGGCGUAAAAACUAAGCGAGGGAAAAAGAGACUUCCAAAUACACCCCUGAUCCGAGAUCUUGUUUUGUUUUUCAUUGAAUCUGAAUUGCACGAACAUGGGGCCUAUCUAGUCGAUUCAUUAAUCGAAACAAACCAAAUGAUGAAAGAUUGGGAAUGCAUGACUGACCUUUUAUUAGAAGAGGCAGGGCCUGACGAAGAAGCUCUAGAUAAUCAGAAAGAAACUUCUCUGAUUGAACUCAUGGUAUGCUGUAUAAAACAAGCGGCAACAGGGGAGGCGCCCGUCGGUAGAGGUCCAACGCGAAAAAGUUUAUCUGCAAAAGAAGUCAAACAAACUCAAGAUGAUAAACAGAGAUUGACUGAACAUUUUAUUCAAACACUACCGUUGCUCUUGGAUAAGUAUAGAGCGGAUCCAGAAAAAUUAGCUAAUUUAUUGGCCAUUCCUCAGUACUUUGACUUGGACAUAUACACCAAAUCGCGACAGGAGCAGAAUCUUGAUGCGUUGUUGAACAAAAUUAAAGUGAUCGUUGAGAAAAUUCACGAUACUGAAGUACUGGAUACAGCGGCAAAAACUCUCGAACAUUUAUGCAUCGAACGCCAUGCUAUAUACACAAGGUGUGACGUGGCUCGUUCAACGUUGAUAGACAUGAUAGUAAACAAAUACAAAGAGGCUAUCGAUGAAUAUAGAAGUCUUAUACAGGGAGAUGAAGUCCCCAACGAAGAUGAGACAUUUGACGUUGUGCAGUCGCUCAAAAAAGUUUCUAUAUUUUAUAGUUGUCAUAAUAUGAAUCCUUGGGGUAUCUGGGAUUCACUGUUUAAGGAUAUCGAAGACGCCAAAGAUCCUGCCAGGUGUCUACCACAUGAGGCAGUUAAAUAUUGUAUCAGCGCUUGCUUUUUCGCAAUUUUGUGGGGUCAACACCAUCUUAUGGAAGCGGUUGAUUCAGGUACCAAACGAGGAGAAGAUGAGUGUCGAGAAUUGAAAGAACGUCUUCAUUCUCUGAUGGGUAUAAUGCGACAUUUUGUUGGCGGUGAUGGCAGUGGAUUGGUCUCGCCUCCGAUAUUGAGAGAAGAGGCUUAUAAUACUAUUUGCGAUUUAUUGGUCGUAUUUUGCAAUCAAUUAACUUCUCAUCACAACCCACUAUUGCAUCAUCUUGUCUAUGAGACUGAUCAAACGUUGCAAAAUAUGUUGAAUCGCUUCAUACAAGAGUACGUUUUCUUCGAGGAAGAAGACGAUGAGCACGACGAACACUCUAAGAUUGAAGAAUUACACAAGAGGAGAAAUUUCUUGGCCGGUUACUGUAAGCUCAUCGUUUAUAAUAUGAUUCCAACCAAAGCAGCUGCCGAUGUAUUCAAACAUUAUGUAAAAUACUACAAUGACUAUGGUGAUAUUAUCAAAACCACACUCAGUAAGGCUAGGGAUAUAAACAAAAUCAAUUGUGCACUCACGAUGCAACACAGCCUUAAUAUUCUCUACAAUGAAAUAGUCGCCGAAAAAGGCAAAGUUAACAAGAAUAGUGAAGAGUUUACUGCAAUUAAGGAAUUAGCAAAGCGGUUUGCGCUAUCUUUUGGGUUGGAUGCGAUAAAAAACCGUAUCGCUAUCACAGCAUUACAUCGAGCAGGUGUAUUAUUUGCUAUAACACCACCGGAUGGUGUCGAAUUGGAUCCGACUGGACCACCUCCAAAUUUGACGUACCUGGAAAUAUUAUCUGAAUUUACUAACAAACUCCUGAAACAGGAUAAACGUGUUGUAUUAAACUUCCUCGACAAGCGAUUGCAGGCUGGCAUGCCAUCGUCACGAGGUGAAGAUUGGCAACCAUUGUUGUUGUACAGAAACAGUUUGUUGCAUGGAGAAACCGACCAAGUUCCAGUAACCAGUAAACGAGCCUAUACGAGACGCAAGAAAGAUCAGUUUGCUGAAGAAGAAGAAGCAGAGGAGGUGGAUGACAACUCAGACCACGAGUUCAUGGGGUGAGUGAGGUGUCUUUUCAUAAAUUUUUACGUCGGUGUAUUUUAUACACGUUAUUCACCGUUCACCAGACUUCUUUUUUUCUGUCGUUAAACGUGAUAUGAAUUUAGCGUUCAUCAAAUUUGUCUAUUUUUAAAAUAAAAUAGAGGUAAAGAAAAUAGUUAAAUGAAUCCUAGGAGACAACGAUACUUGAUAUGAAAGAGAUUUAUCAAAAAACAGUUGUUGCAUAAAGCGUAUAAUGUAUAUUGCAUAGCAAAAAGCUUUUCAUUAUUACAUUGUAACAAGCUUACUGAAUGAACUAUUUGCGAUUUAGUAAUAAACUUAUCUGUUUUUGGACUAAAAGAAGAAUAUUUGUACAUUCAUAGAAGCGAUUUAUGUUGUUAUGGAAAUCUGUGGUUUUUUAAAUUCAAUCACUAAUUACCUACCUCUUAAAAACCUCAUACGCUGUGGCUUCUAUUGAUGUAAUUUUAAACAAUUACCACUAACAUGUUACGAUAUGCAUAUUUAUUUAAAUGUCACGUCCUCUCUGCGCUCACAUGCUUUGCUUGCUUUUAAAAAUAAUCUUGAACUGAGCUUUCGUCAGUUAUCCAAACAGUAUUGAACUAAACUUGGUUUAACUUUUAUUUAUCUAUUUUCUGUUACAGUACGCUACUGCCAUAGGCUCUGUUAUUAUUCUUUUAGUAUCGUCUGUCGUUUAAUAUUUAAAUGAGCCGUAGGAAGUUUUCAAAUAUUGUUACUGUUGUACACACAUUUUAUGAAACGAGAAAAUUCUGUGCAUGCUUCGAAAUCGAAGAGUCUAGAAAUAACUAACGACAAAGAGAUAUUGAUUCAAGCUAGAAAUUUCUGAAUUUUGUUUUGUUUUUCGAUGUACAGGUCUCAGAAUAUGCCUAUUUUAAAGUUUUUCUUGAUUUUUUCUUUUUAUUGGUGUGGACAUUGCCUUACGUCAAUUAAUCGAUUAUUUCUAAUGUACAUACAUGAAUUAUGAAUUCGCCUGCGUUACAAUUAAUGUAAAUAAUUCAGUGUACACAUUGAGUCAAUUUUUACAGAUGUGACAUGUGUGUGUGUUUUUUUUUUUUUUUGUUUUUCUCCGAUCAGAAUUAUUGAACUCGUGAUUUUUGUCACUUUUACGAUGUAUAUUAAAAUAUUCAAACACAUCCAAGGAUAAGUGAGCGCAGAAUGUGACGCUUAUAGCUACAGCAUGCAGCUCGUUAAAUAUGUGUCCAUCCAUCUAUCUUCGUUCUGUUUGUCGGUCGUCAAAAGUUUUUUUAAACCUGAGAUCAGGCAAACUCCACUUUACCGUACCUGAAUGCGUUUUCAAUAUGUUGCAUGAGUAGUUUCAUACAAUCCAUUGCUAUUGCAAUUUACAUAUUUAUAUGUAUGUACUUAUGUUUGAGAAAAAAAUUUUAAACCACUCAUAAUUAUUUUGUACUAUAGACUAGAUGAUCAGUUUUAUUACAUACCUAUGCGCAAUCGGAUUAAUAUAUGCAAAAUUUUUUGUUUCGGUAAGUCUGUGCGAUUGGUAUUUGCAAGAAUCCCAUAGAUAUAAUGGUAUAAAAUUUCUUGUUAUUUUAAGAGAAUGGUGAUAGAGAACAAUAUAAAUAAUAAAUAGAAUAUUAAAAGCAAAUAUUAUUUAUUCAUUUUUUCUCAAAGGUUGAUAAACACACUUCUGUACAAAGAAAUUUUAAUGUAUGUGUCUUUCUCUUUGAAACUAAUAAUUAAAUAAUGAGGAUAAAUUAGGUUUAAAAAUUUGUACUCCGUUCAUAAUCCAAUUCAAUUUGGAAAUCAAUAUAAAGAUGAUAUUGUAACAGUAUAUUGAUUGAAAUAAAAGCCUAAAUCCUGAUA